AUGAUCAUCUCGUAUUUCAAUCUUUACGAAGUUGGUAAGCAUGUGAUCCAUGAUCCUGAUUUCGACAAUCAAGAGCUAGAUGCAUGCAAAGACGGCUGUACCCCACUACUGCAGGCUAUCUCGAAUACCAGUAUUGAUAUGGUGCAGCUACUUAUCAAGAGUGGUGCUGAUGCGAAUUAUGACACGGGGAUACACAGGCCCCUUGAAAAUGCUCUGAACCUUGGUAAUCUCGUUAUUUUCCAAUCUGUUGCGGAAGUCGCAUGGGAUGGAAGAAGUAAACCGUUGACUGUGCUAGAUAUGGCGGUCAUAAAUAGUAGAAGGGAUGAAUUUGUCCCAAUAUUUCUCGAUUCAUUGGUGCGCCCAAUGUUAGAAGGAUAUCUUGAAACGGCAUUGUCAUGGGCCCUAUGCACCGGGAGUAGAAGACUUACAGAAUUACUACUAUUCUCCGGAGCUGAUCCCACCUACUCUAUUCCCAAAGGCAUGCCUAACUCGUGCAAAAGCUGCUUAGAAUUAUCUUUUGACCUCCCUAUUGACUACUCAGAGGAUCCAAAAUCAGGCAAGUAG